AUGCCCAAGCCUGGCUGGGAGGAGCGCAGCGUGGCGCUCAACACCGGAGCCAGCAUGCCCGCGCUCGGCUACGGCACCUACCGGCUCGAGGGGGAGCCGCUGCGCCGGGCGCUGGUCUGCGCGCUGCAGCAGGGCUACCGCCACAUCGACACCGCUGCCGGCUACGAGAACGAGGCCGUCGUCGCCGCGGCCAUCGCCGAGUCAGGCGUGCCGCGCGAGGAGAUCUUUCUCACCUCCAAGCUGUGGUGCACCGACCACGGCACCGAGGCGACGUACGACGCCAUCCUCAAGAAGCACUCUCGCGUGCCAAUGGCUCGCUAG